CAUCAAGUCAAGGAGAAGGUCAGGGGAGCCCUUAAAAAGGCCUUCUUGCACCCUAAGGUGGCUGAAGCCACUCCACAGCUCUUUGUCCUGACUGCUGCCACCCGGACACAAUGUGGGUACUCCUGGCUGUCUUUCUGCUCACCCUCGCCUAUUUAUUUUGGCCCAAGACCAAGCACUCUGGUGCCAAGUACCCCAGGAGCCUCCCGUCCCUGCCCCUGGUGGGCAGCCUGCCGUUCCUCCCCAGACGUGGCCAGCAGCACAAGAACUUCUUCAAGCUGCAGGAAAAAUAUGGCCCCAUCUAUUCCUUUCGUUUGGGUUCCAAGACUACUGUGAUGAUUGGACACCACCAGUUGGCCAGGGAGGUGCUUCUCAAGAAGGGCAAGGAAUUCUCUGGGCGUCCCAAAGUGGCCACUCUAGACAUCCUGUCAGACAACCAAAAGGGCAUUGCCUUUGCCGACCAUGGUGCCCACUGGCAGCUGCAUCGGAAGCUGGCACUGAAUGCCUUUGCCCUGUUCAAGGAUGGCAACCUGAAGUUAGAGAAGAUCAUUAAUCAGGAAGCCAAUGUGCUCUGUGAUUUCCUGGCCACCCAGCAUGGAGAGGCCAUAGAUCUGUCCGAGCCUCUCUCUCUGGCGGUGACCAACAUAAUCAGCUUUAUCUGCUUCAACUUCUCCUUCAAGAAUGAGGAUCCUGCCCUGAAGGCCAUACAAAAUGUCAAUGAUGGCAUCCUGGAGGUUCUGAGCAAGGAAGUUCUGUUAGACAUAUUCCCUGUGCUGAAGAUAUUCCCCAGCAAAGCCAUGGAAAAGAUGAAGGGUUGUGUUCAAACGCGAAAUGAAUUGCUGAAUGAAAUCCUUGAAAAAUGUCAGGAGAACUUCAGCAGCGAUUCCAUCACUAACUUGCUGCACAUACUGAUCCAAGCCAAGGUGAAUGCAGACAAUAACAAUGCUGGCCCAGACCAGGAUUCAAAGCUGCUUUCAAAUAGACACAUGCUCGCUACCAUAGGAGACAUCUUCGGGGCUGGUGUGGAGACCACCACGUCUGUGAUAAAGUGGAUCGUGGCCUACCUGCUACACCAUCCUUCGUUGAAGAAGAGGAUCCAGGAUGACAUUGACCAGAUUAUAGGUUUCAAUCGCACCCCAACCAUCAGUGACCGGAACCGCCUUGUCCUGCUGGAGGCGACCAUCCGAGAGGUGCUCCGAAUCCGGCCUGUGGCCCCUACGCUGAUCCCCCACAAGGCUGUCAUUGACUCCAGCAUUGGCGACCUUACCAUUGACAAGGGCACAGACGUUGUGGUCAACCUGUGGGCACUGCAUCACAAUGAGAAGGAGUGGCAGCAGCCCGACCUGUUCAUGCCCGAGCGCUUCUUGGACCCCACGGGGACGCAACUCAUCUCGCCAUCGUUAAGCUACUUGCCCUUUGGAGCAGGACCCCGCUCCUGCGUAGGUGAGAUGCUAGCCCGCCAGGAGCUCUUCCUCUUCAUGUCCCGGCUGCUGCAGAGGUUCAACCUGGAGAUCCCGGAUGAUGGGAAGCUACCCUCUCUGGAGGGCAAUGCCAGUCUCAUCUUGCAGAUCAAACCUUUCAAGGUGAAGAUCGAGGUGCGCCAGGCCUGGAAGGAAGCCCAGGCUGAGGGUAGCACCUCAUGACUCCACCCUAUGUGGCCCCCAUCCCACAGAAUUAGAGGAGCUCCCCCACCCUCUCCCACCAUUCCUUCUUCCUCCCCGCCCACUCUGCCUUCUUUCCCAGCCUGCAGCCCUGGCAGUGAUAUGCAUAAAAGUUUCUUUCUCCAAAGGUCCUUGAGCAGCUCAUUCAUUUGUUCACUCAUUUCUUUCAACAAGUAUUUUAUGGACCACCUACUACAUGCAGCUCACUCACUGUCCUUGGACCUCAGGCUCCUUGGUUUCAUGAAACUUAAAAUUCUAGUGAGGGCUGACAAAUAAACAUUCCAGAGACUCAUAA